CUGAUUGGUCCACUGAACAUCACUUCCUGAAGCAGAGCCCCGUAUGUUUCAAAAUCGAGGUCCAUCGGAGCUGCUGGAUAGCAUAAUACAUUCAUGCUGGAUAGUCGUCCCACGGCUUCCUAACAAUAUUCAGGUCCACUAUGGCCAACGAAGAUCUAAUUUCAGUGGAUUAUGAAAUUUUUGGAAGAGUGCAAGGUGUAUUUUUUCGGAAAUACACUCAAGCAGAAGGGAAGAAGCUUGGUCUGGUGGGAUGGGUCCAAAACACAGGCGCAGGAACUGUUCAGGGGCAGCUACAAGGCCCACGCAGCAAGGUGAAAGAAAUGCAAGUAUGGCUGAAAUCCACCGGGAGCCCCAAGUCAAACAUAACCAAGGCAGAGUUCAAGAAUGAGAAAACGGUCAAUAGCCUAGAACACUCAACUUUUAACAUAGUAAAAUGAAAUAACUCAUAGAUUGUGCCUGUAAUGUUAACUUUAAAGCAUAUGUUUUAUUUAUUUAGUCUUUUCUUAUUGGUUGGAUUGCAAUUCAAGUCAUGAAUUAAAAAAGAUGUGUUAAGGUUAUGUCUCCCUAACAUCUACAAUAUGGAAUUACAUUCAAUAAAUGGAAAAUUCCUUUCAGCCUGCUUCACAUUGUAUGCAUUAUAUUGUAGGAACAGCAAUAAGGGAAUAUUUGAUGAGGUGACCACAUUAUUUAACAGACUGUAAAUCUGUUUGAAGGGGGUAUUUGCAAACAAAUCAGCAUCCAGCAGACAUGCUUCUGAGCAAACAGGCAAUGGUAUGCCCUUGAAAUCCGUCACAGCUGUCUUCAUUGGCCUGCCCAAAGACGUGACUGAAGGAGUCUGAGGGGAGCCUGAUGAAUGACUAAAUACUUAUCAGAAUGCUGCUGCCCUCCUUUGUAAAGGACUGAACUCUGCAGGUGGCUGUGCAGAAACACUGACAAAAUAGCCAAAGAUGUAGAAUAAAUGGGUCCUCAA